GAAAAAGCACCCAGAUCUGACAGACCACUGAGAAGAAAGGCACUGCCUCCUAGGACAGAGAAAAUGGCUGUUGACCAGGACUGGCCUAGUGUUUACCCUGUUGCAGCGCCAUUUAAACCCUCGGCAGUACCUCUUCCUGUUCGAAUGGGUUAUCCAGUAAAGAAAGGCGUGCCCAUGGCAAAGGAGGGAAAUCUAGAACUUUUAAAGGUCCCCAAUUUUCUGCAUUUGACGCCUGUAGCAAUUAAAAGGCACUGUGAAGCUCUUAGAGAUUUCUGCACUGAGUGGCCAGCUGCACUAGACAGUGAUGAGAAAUGCGAGAAGCAUUUUCCAAUUGAAAUUGACACAGCUGAUUAUGUUUCGUCAGGACCUUCUAUUCGAAACCCCAAAGCACGAGUAGUAACCUUAAGGGUUAAACUUUCCAGUUUGAAUUUAGAUGAUCAUGCAAAGAAGAAACUUAUUAAACUUGUAGGAGAGCGAUACUGCAAGACCACAGAUGUGCUUACCAUCAAGACAGAUAGGUGCCCUUUAAAGAGACAGAAUUAUGAUUAUGCAAUGUAUCUGCUAACAGUUUUAUACCACGAGUCUUGGAAAACUGAAGAAUGGGAGAAAAAUAAGACUGAAGAAGACAUGGAAGAGUAUAUAUGGAAAAAUAGCUCCUCAGAAAAAAAUAUCCUGGAAACACUUCUCAAAAUUAAAGCCGCAGACAAAAAUACGGAAGUAAAUAAAGAAGAGCUCCUUGGUACUAAAGAAGUGGAAGAUUACAAAAAGUCUGUUGUUAGUCUUAAAAAUGAGGGGGACAAUGAAAAUACCCUUUCUCAGUACAAAGAAUCAGUGAAGAGACUAUUAAAUCUUACAUGAAUUAUGUAGAAAAAUCUGCUUGAUUUAUUGAUUUUUAUGAUCUAUGUGUAGUUGUUAUCUAAUUUGAUAUAAAGUUGAAAAUGUUAAAAAAAAACAUUGUUUUACUUCAGAGUUAAAAUUCCUUUCAUACUAAUGCACAAUGGCAAUGAUUAUUCACAAAUUUUCUUAUUAUACCCUGGGGCAGUUAGACUAAUCAGAUCCCUGAUUUCUUCUGGUUCUAAAGUGUUUUUAUUUUCUUUCUUUCAUAACUUUAGUAUUUAUGUAUAAUACAUUUUAUAUAUUUACACAUAUAUAUAUAUUUGUAGUUAUUGGGUCAGCUGCUACAUUUGUUUUCCUACCAAUUAGCACUUACUGGUUGCUUUUGAGUUAUGAUUUUGGUUACUUGGGAAGCUAGGACUAGAACCCAGGUGUUUUGUUUACAUAACUGCUGUCUACCCAAUGCAUUUUCCCAGAUGCCAAUUCUGUUUAGAAACAGCUCCUUGGGAAUAUUUUCUAACCUAAAAAGUUGGUUCCAUCCCUCUAUUUUGGGAUCACUAUAUAUUGAUUCAAGUCUGUUUAGUAUCCUACUUUCAAUUUGCUAGGGCGUAUUUCUCCAAACCCAAAUUUGCAGAAAAUUGAAAAUGGAGAUUAAUUAAUUAAAUGUAUUCAUCUCUCAAUCCCCAGUUAGAACUUCAACAGCUUGGGAAAGACAUGUGGUAUAAGGAUCUUGAGUUAAAUUGGAGUAAGUGACAAAAUGAGGAGUGCCCUAAGAAACAUUCUAUUCUAUUUAGCUGUCAAUUUAGUAUUUUUAACUAUAUCUGUAAUCAUUUCUAACCACUUCCAAAGUUGUCCACAAAUGAUUAAUUUAAAAUCAAAAUAAAGGAAUUAUUGAGAUUAUUAUUUGCCUAAGGUUUAUUUUGCCUGACAGAGAACAUAAAGCCAAAAGGGAUUUCAAAACAAUUGCCCAAAGAUUUAUAUAAAUUGAAAGUAUGAUUUGGUAUUAGCAAGGCAGAGGCUAUAGGUUAGGAAGGACAACAGAAGGACCUUGAGCACAUAAAGGAGGGAGAGGUACUGUGUUUCGCCGAAAAUAAGACCUAGCUGGACCAUCAGCUCUAAUGCUUAAUUUUUGGAGCAAAAUUAUUUUAC